AUUUCACUGUACUCCCGUCAUCUGUGCCCAAUAAAUACAUCAGUAUAUCCAACCUUUUCUCAGCAGCCAGCAAUUUUUCUACAGGCCGACUAUACCAAGAUCUAAUUGCAUAGGAUAUAAUAGUCAAAAUGGCGCGUAAUUCAGAGAAAGCCCAGUCGAUGCUCUUUCGCUUCCGCGAGGCGCAAGCUGCGGAUUUAGGUAUCAUCGAUGCGGGACGAGCACGGCGACCCAAGGUGAUUACAGAAGUAGAUUCGAUUCCCGCGUGCGAGAAAUGGAGAGGCCAAACACUCAAGGAAAUCAGCCGGAAAAUGUCCCGAAUCCAGGAGACAUCUCUUAGCGACUACCAGAUCCGAGAUCUCAACGACGAAAUAAAUAAGCUCAUGCGAGAGAAACACAUGUGGGAGGUACAAAUACGGAACUUAGGAGGCCCUAAUUAUAUGCGUGGCGGCGGCAAAGUCUACGAUGAAAUGGGUAGGGAGAUACCGGGGGGGGGCAAAGGGUAUAGGUAUUUCGGGCGAGCGAAGGAAUUACCUGGUGUGAAAGAACUGCUCGAGGCUGCUGCGCAGAAGAAGUUACAAGACUCGGAGAAACCAUUAGAGUCUCGCGAGGAUCUAAGGAAAGCAGUCGACGCCAAAUAUUACGGGUAUGCACCCGACGAGGAAGACGAUGCAUUACUCGAAUAUGAGGCCGAGAAGGAACGUGAGGCGUUUGAGGAGCUAUUGAAGCGAGGGAAGGCAGAACCUCCUCCAGGAUGGGAGCCGCUACCUGGUGAUGUGGGAGAUGGUAAAGGGUGGGAGUUGCCCACGCUAGAGGAGGUGCAACAAGAGCUCAUAGAAAGGAGAAGGCGAAAGCUGCUCGACCAGAUCCAAUAGGUUAGGUACCUACCUAGGCACCUCUUACCCAUUUCUUCUUGCUAUAUUUGUUCGAACAACUUCUCCCUCUUCAGAUUGAAGAGGCAUCGGUGAGAGCAUCCUCAACCACAUUUUGGCAUCUUUCUUGGGUCU